CAGAUCACCUCGAAAAUUUGUUUGUCAAGCCCAAACCUUACGUCACAGCCAAUGUUGGUGAGAACAUCACAUUGAGAUGUGAGGCCAGCGUUGGUGUCUUCAAAGAAUCCCCAUUCUGGUCUAAAAAAGGACAACCCCUCAAAAGUAAAUCAUUAGGGAAUUAUCAACAAAUAAGUGAGCUUCGUAUUUAUAAUGCCUCGCUUGACGAUACUGGUCUUUAUAUCUGUUCAGCCAAGAAGCUAAUUGAUGGCCUCUAUACCAACAAGGCUAUUCAAGUGGAAAUAAAGGAGCUGACCAAGCCGACCGUUACCAUCACUCCUAAUGUAACCAAACCCGCAGGCCAGCGUGCUGAAUUAUUCUGCAAUGUCACUGCAAAUCCUCAGCCGAAAUCUGUCACUUGGAGACGAGACGGAGAAAUAAUAAGCAUAGAGAAAACCGAGAGUGAUGACUGCGGUCAACUGAAAAGGGGUGUCUACGAAAUGGAAGGAGAAAUGGAUCCCGGGGUGUGGAGAAUAUUCAUCUGCUCUGUCAAAGACUCUUAUCACACAGGCGUCUAUCAGUGUGCGGUGGAGAACGCCGAGGGAAUGGGAUCUGCUGAUACGUUCCUGAAUAUCCUGGAGAGGCCAACUGUUUCCGUGACAAAGAUUUCACAAUUUGGGAACAACGUCCAGCUGCAAUGUGCUGUGACUGGAAACCCACCUCCUACCGUGAUCUGGCAGAGAAAGAACAGCAAAGGUCAAUUUGUGCGUCUACCAAACGCUGCGAAAGGAUUCACCAACCAGCCAGUGUAUAUCAUAGAGGUGUUGAACGAGGCCGACAAAGCAGAAUAUCGCUGUGUGGCAAGCAAUACCCAAGGACAGACAGAGGGCAAUUACACUUUGUACUCGGGCCCCUCUGUUGGAGCUUUCAAGCAACCCAGGGACGAAUACAAGUUUUCCACACUUGCCAUGAUCGUUGUGAUCGCUGUCAGCAGCUUUGUGAUCUUGUUACUGCUGUUUAUCAUUGUGGUUCUUUAUCGGCGAAAGAAGCGGUAUGGCGGAUUUUACAUCUUUACACUUCCACCUCCCCCUGAUUACAUCAUGAAAUUAGAUCCAGAGAGAUCCUUAUUGGACCAAAUAAGCAAACUGCCCUACGACGCUCAAUGGGAAUUUCCUAGGGAACGCCUUGAAAUUGUUAGGCCCCUGGGGUCGGGUGCGUUUGGUCAGGUAUUCCUUGCGCAUGCGGUUGGUAUCGUGGCAUUUGACCCGCGCGGUAGCACCAAGCGGAAGUCUGGCCGCAGACGGUCAAGGUUUGGAUCCACAAGUCGGCCUUAUGUUAACGACAAACGAGUCACAGAAGUUGCAGUGAAAAGCCUUAAAGAUUCUGCCACCGAGGCCGAGUUAAGGGAUUUGGUAUCUGAACUGAAGAUUCUGAUUCAUAUAGGCGAGCACAAAAACAUCGUCAACUUGCUUGGCGCAUGCACCAAAGGACGCGAGAGAGAUCUUUGGGUUCUAAUAGAGUACUGUCCGCAUGGUAACCUACUCGACUUCCUGCGUAAACGCCGUGAUAUAUUCGAAGCAAAGUGGUCCACCCCUACUGAGCACGCUGACGUCACAUUUACAACGAUUGACCUUUACAUCUGUUCGUUGCAAGUCGCUCGUGCAAUGGAAUUUCUUGCCUCAAGAAGGUGUGUCCAUCGUGAUCUUGCUGCUCGGAAUGUGUUAGUGGGUGAGGAUUAUGUUUUAAAAGUGGCUGACUUUGGAUUGGCGAGGGACAUCUAUAAAGAGGAAAAUUACGUCAAAACGACCUCGGGCCUUCUUCCAGUGAAAUGGAUGGCCAUAGAAGCCUUGGUUGAUCGCUUUUACACGCACAAGAGUGAUGUAUGGUCUUUUGGGGUUUUACUGUGGGAGCUGUUUACACUUGGUGGAAGCCCGUACCCAGGUCUCCCGGCCAAUGAAGUUUAUCAGUAUUUGAUGGAAGGAAAUCGCAUGGAAAAGCCCUUGAAUUGCCCGGAUGAAAUGUACGAAAUAAUGUGCCAGAGUUGGAUGCAUAGCCCAGAUGACAGACCUUCUUUCACGGAUCUUACAGCUCUGCUUGAUAAACGGUUGGAAGAGAGAUCUUCAGAGACUGGCGAAGGUUACCUAGAUCUUGAGCUUGCAGAAGAUGACCCAGACUUAAACGAGCCAACAUUUGACGAUGAAUAUCUGGAUCCCGGUGAGAGCCUCUUAAGACCUCCUGGGAGUCCCACCUCAGAACAAGAAAAACACGCUCCGCUGCCACCCCUCCCUACAGGAGACAUUGAACUGGAAACCUUUGAGCCGGAGAACCCCGAAGUUGAAGAAAAACAGAGAUUUAUUCUUCAGGACCCACCAAAGGAAAGAGUUGCUCUACGCAAAGACAGCGAGUUGGAAAAAGUUCGUAAAGACACUCAAGAGAAAGAGAAACCCAAAGAAAGUGUAAGCCAGGUAAAUGAUGACGACUUCAUGAGUCAGAAAGAACAGCUUCGUUCAGACGAUGAAGAUAAGGACGUAUGCGAGAGAAACUCUGGAGUUUUUGAGUAUCCGCCCCAAUACGAACAAAGAAAUUCGCCGCUUUCCUUGCAAGAAGAUGGCUAUUACAGCGACCAGAACUCCCCAGACGCAGACGAGAGGCAGAAAUUCAUUCCAUCUACAGACGAUGUGUCUUAUAAAGGGGGAAAAGUUGGCCUUCGAGGAAGGCAACCCUCCAACAGAUACGUGAAAUCAUGAUGAAAAGUAACCAAUGAAAUUGAUGAACUAAUCAGUUGUAUAUGAAACGUUUUACCAAUCAAGCGAUAAUAGUGUAUAGGUUUACUUAGGGCUGCACUGGCUUUGACCCAGCAAACGUUUGCUCCAUCCAAGAAAGAAAAGAAAUACUUUGAAAUAAUGAGAGCAAAUUUGUAAUUUGCAAAGAGACAACCAUAUAAGUCUCACUUCCGACACAACAGUGAGUCGGCAUUUCCUCUUCCUGAAAAUGAUUCGACCGAAUCGAGUCGAAACAGAUAACCUAUUCAACCCUAAUUGACCUUUUAAUUACAAUGUUGUCCUCAAAUGUGGCGUUGCUGACCUCGGUUUCAUGUUUAACUAGUUACCAGUCUCGCGCGCCGUCCGCCAUUUUGAAAGUCGUGUAUAGAGACUCGUAAAACGUCUAAAGAGGAAAUGGUUUGAACCGGGGGGGAGGGGGGUUAACAUGUGACAGUGUAGUCUGAUCGUCCGGGUGAGUGUAGUCCUGAGAAGGACUGUUGUCGGUAGUGAUGACUGACGUUUCGACGACCUGAGCGGAAAUCAACUUUAGGGUCGAGUGUAAGCAUUGUUUGUUUUUUGUUCAAAUAUCUCCAAGAUCUUUUGGCUUUUUACAGAUUAAAGGGGGGGGGGGUUCCGUUAAAAGUUCAAAUUACUAUCAUAAAAUUCAAAGGCAAAAGCUACAAUAGCCAUAGAAAGCUUAUAUCAGAUUCAAAUAUUUAUUUAGUCAAUAAAUAUAUAGAACAAAUAGUAAUCAAGUUGUCUUAUUUACAGAAUACAAUGUUACUUUUCUGAGAUUUGAAUGACUUAAAGAGAAAAUUUCUUGACGGAGUAACUUGGUAUUCUGUGCAAAUGCAAUUAUUCUGAUUAUUUCAUAUCAAGAACAUAGAAAGAACUAUUCGCGCAAACAUUUUACUUCAGGAAUGAUCAGCUUGUGAAUUUUCCUCACAUUAGUAUAAAUGCACUGUCUAGAAGUGGUAGUAAGAGUUAAGGAAAUUGUCAAUAAAUGUAUAUUACAUUGA